UUUUUUUCUUCAAAAUUUAUCAAUGAUUUAUUUCUAAUCACACUUAACAUAUAACCUUCCAGACCGAUCGAUUAAUCAACUGUUGUUUCCAACGACUAUAAACUUGAUUUAACAGGAACUGUCACUUACAUAGUCGAGGAGGUUUAAUAAUAUAAAUUUGUGCCUUAUUUUUUAAGAUAACAAGAACAGAAGGAAACAGCAUGGAUGAAUCGAGUUUGCCGAGUUCAAAAAAUGAGAAACAAGAUUCGAAAAACGGAAAACACUGUUCGUUCGACGAAGUAAUUGGACAUAUCGAAGAUUUGUUGUUAGAGGAAGACUUUCAAGCUCUUCAGCAAAGAUUUUUAGAAAAAUACUGGAAUGUUUUUGAACCAGUGGAAGAUAACAAAUUAAUUUAUACCGAUAUAUUUAAUGAAUAUAAUAAAACCGUAGAGAUAUACAUUGAGGAUUACCUUAAAAAAGUUAUGCCACAAUUUACAAUAGACAUUUUUUUACAUCAGUUAAAUGAGAAACAGGCAGAAUUGGAAGGUGAAGUCUUUGAAGUAUUGUCAACAAUAACAGACUUUUUGGCUUUUAAGGAAAUGUUUCUUGAUUAUAGAGCAGUAAAAGAAGGUAAAGUUGAAGAUCUCAGCUGUGGGAUAGCUGUUACAUCUUUAAAAUUCUAUAAUGCAGAAGCUGCAAUAAAUCACCAAAGUAAUAUACAUGAUUUUAUUGAAGGUGCCUUUCAAGAUAAAAAAUAAGACAUUAGAAAAAACGAUGUAAUAUAUAAGUCAAACAUUAAUGCAUGUUCAUAUUAUGUUCAGUAUUUAUUGAUAAUGAUUAUAUCUGCAAAAAUCUAUAUCAUAUUAUGUAUUUUUUACAAAUAGAAGUACAAAAAUAAUUUAAAUAUCCUACUUAGCCUUUUUCUGCAUUUGGUAGACUUUUAGUAUAACUUAUAAA